UGCGCUGCGCUCCCGGGCGGCUCCGGCCCCAGCUCGCCGCGCCCGGCCCGGGAAUGGCUGCGGGGCUCCGCGCCCGGGUGCCGGUGUCGUUCGAGGACGUGGCGGUCUAUUUCUCCCCGGAGGAGUGGGCGGCGUUAGCGGAAUGGCAGAGGGAGCUGUACUGGGACGUGAUAAAGGAGAAUUACGCGCUGGUGGCCUCGCUGGGCUCUGCAAGCGCUGCAGUGGAGAUCGCCUGGAAGGCGGAUAAAGAUGAAGAGCCGCACGUCGGGGCUCCCCAGGGGAAGAGGGGGGGAGGAAUCCCCCAGCCCCCCAGCACGGGCUCCGACGACGCCCGGUCGGACGGUUGGGUUGCCGCGAGUCGCCGAGCCGGGCCGUGUGUCUGGGAUGGUCGGUUUGUCUGGGCUCCUCGGUUCUCCAGGGUCCUCCUGCACCGGGGACAGGUGUGCGAGACGCAGAGCUCCCUGCGACCGGCGCAGAUGGCGUUCGAGGACGUGGCGGUCUGUUUCUCCCCGGAGGAGUGGGCGGCGUUGGCGGAAUGGCAGAGGGAGCUUUACUGGGCCGUGAUGAGGGAGAAUUUCGAGCUGGUGGCCUCGCUGGGCUCUGCGGACCCCAAGCCAGAGAGCAGCUGUGAAAUGGAGCGAGGGGAAGAGCUCCAGCAGGGGCAGGACAGAGAGAUUCCUGAGGCAC